UAUGGCUACUUGUGGUAAAAGUGUAUUUUAUUCUCCUGCUGAAGUUCUCACUGAUGCAAAAUCCGAAUUAAUUGCCGAUACUGAAAAAAAGCUGGAAGCUUUUGAUCGUGAUAUUGCGGAGUAUACGGCUAAAUUAAGAAACGAUGGAGAAGAUAAAGAAUCUUUAGAAGAAAUUCUUCGAGCUACAAGAGAAGAUAGAGAAAUACUUUUACAGUCCCUUUAUGAUCUAGAUCCUCAACGAAAGAUUAAAGAUGAAAUCUUACAGAAGAAAAAGUAUACAAGAGAAAAAGCUAUUGAGGAACUCGUUCAUACAGAAAAAAAUUACCUGAGAGAUAUCAGAAUUACAUAUGAAUGUUUAAGUGAAAACCGUCAGAGUUCAGGAACAAAGAUAAUUGAUAUUGAUUUCUUGAUGGGAAAUUUAGAUAAAGUUGUUGAAGUUUCAUCUCAAAUGAGUGACAGCUUAGAAAUAGAGUUCAAGAAGGACUUUGAAUAUCAACGUAUCGGUUAUGUUUUUACAAGAUUAGAAAAAGAUCUAAGAACAGUUUAUACUGAAAACUGUACAAAUCACGAAAAUGUCAUAAUGUUAUUAGAGAAAUACGGGAAUGAACCGUCUUCCAAAGCAAUUCUUGCCGAUUUGCAAAAAAUAAUGUCAAAUCAUCCAAUGGCUGAUCCUUCAACUUUAUAUACAUUAUCCUCAGUGCUGGCUAAACCAUUUCAAAGGAUUCUUAAAUAUAAACUACUUUUGGGAAAUAUUCUGACAUCUACGGAAAAAACCCAUUGUGAUUUUCAAGGUCUGCUCGAUUCAAUAGAGGUAAUGUCUGGAAUAACUACUGAUAUCAAUGAAAAGAAAAGAGGAAAAGAUCUGGUUAAGAAAUACAGAAGAUCGACUGAUGGCUCUCUCGCCGAUAAAGUAUUAAAGAUGAGUGUACAUUCAACUAUAAAAAAGAUAAAUCGUUUCUCUCAAAGAGUUGUUGGAGGGUUUAUUCAAGACGAACAAUUUAAUAGAGAAGAAGCUAGACUUAAUAGUCUGCAGCGAUUAUUAGCAAGCUUUUCUCAGGGCGUUAGCUCUUAUUUGAGACAACUUCACGAAGUUAUCCGAACUCAAGAGACUUUUGCUUUAGAUAUUAAUGAAUUUUAUGCUGAGAAAUCUUCUGAAGUUGAAAAGUUUAGUCAGUUGCACGCCCGAAUAGGUUCUCUCCUCUUGGAAGACUUCAGGACAAAAACAAACGAGAGGGUUCUUCAACCAAUAAACACUUUAUUAACAAUGUUUUUGGCACCUAUAAAAUUAAUUAAGAAACGCCGGGAUAAAUUAUGUGAUUACGAAACCGAAAGAACUAAAAGUGACGAAAAUAGCGAAGCAGGUGAAGACGCUUUAAACCUCGCUAAAAAGAAUUACGAAGCCUUAAAUGCUCAACUAUUGAGUGAGAUGCCUAAAUUAUGUUCGAUGAGUGAAGAUACUCUAAAGCUAUGCUGUAUGAUUUUUCUUAGACUUCAAUCAAAAUUUUAUAAUGAUUGUUUGAAGACUAUGUACGAGCUACUGCCUUUGAAUGAUAUAGUAGGAGACAGUACGAAUUUUGCGCAAUCCCAUUCUGCUGUUCUUGAUACGAUUAAUCAAAUUAGCUUCGUUCCAAAAGACCAAGGUAUUUUUAAGAAAACGAAAAAUAGAAAAUCAGAUGUUGGAUCUUCUUCACCGCUUACUGUUAUUUCUGAAAUCAGGCAGACUGAUCAGGAUAGAGCCACAAUUCUGGAAAAGUAUAACGAUGUUUGGGUGAUAUCGACGCCUACAACUGCAUCUAACUGCUCUGAACUAGCUCUCGCUUCCGGUGCGUUAGUCGGAGUAAUUAAAAAUUUUGAUCCUUCCGGUAGUAGUAAUAAGUGGUUUGUUGAUUCUGGCUCUGCUAAGGGCUUAGUACCAAGUGCAAAUCUUGUUAAACACGUCACUGAAGAAAAAUUAAUUGACACGUCAAGUUCUUUCCCUGGUAAUUUAUCAACACCGGAAGUAGUUCAUACGCAUAAGGCUGUCUAUGACUUUCAAGCUCGGAACGAAUUAGAAGUUACCAUAAACUCGGGAGAUUGUGUAGAAGUCUUGCAAACUACAGAUUCUCGCGGUAACAGUCAAUGGUGGUAUGUGAAGAAAGAAGAUGGUAGCGCUGGAUAUGUUCCAGCUAAUUAUUUAUAUAAAAAUGCCUAA